UGCCAUCAUUCGUUUUCGUGUCAUCACUAAUCUUCAUGCCAUCACCCGUUUUCAUGUCAUCACUCGUCUUCAUGUCAUCAUUCGUUUUAAUAUCAUCAUUCGUUUUAAUGUCACCAUUCGUUUUAAUGUCACCAUUUGCUUUAAUGUCAUCAUUCGUUUUAAUGUCAUCAUUCGUUUUAAUGUCACCAUUCGUUUUAAUGUCACCAUUCGUUUUAAUGUCACCAUUCAUUUUAAUGUCACCAUUCGUUUUAAUGUCACCAUUCGUUUUAAUGUCACCAUUCGUUUCAAUGACAUCAUUCGUUUUAAUGUCACCAUUCGUUUUAAUGACAUCAUUCGUUUUAAUGUGCUCAUUCGGUUUAAUAUCAUCAGUCGGUUUAAUAUCAUCGCUAGUUUGUCCAUAUCCUUCAUAAACAGCAACCGAUAUAUUCAUCUCCAUGUCAUCACUAGUUUGUCUAUGUCCAUCAGCAGCUGAUAUAUUCAUCUUCAUGUCAUCACUAAUAGUUUGUCUAUGUCCAUCAUCAGCAGCAGCCGAUAUAUUCAUCUUCAUGUCAUCACUAGUAGUUUG